AUGGCUCCAAAAGGUAAAAAGGUUGCUCCAGCUCCAUUGGCUACUAAAUCCGCCAAAUCUUCUGAAUCCAAAAACCCAUUAUUCGAAUCCACUCCAAAGAAUUUCGGUAUUGGUCAAUCCAUUCAACCAAAAAGAAAUUUAUCCAGAUUUGUUAAAUGGCCAGAAUACGUUAGAUUACAAAGACAAAAGAAAAUUUUAUCUUUAAGAUUAAAAGUUCCACCAUCUAUUGCUCAAUUUUCUCAAACUUUAGAUAAAAACACUGCUGCUCAAGCUUUUAAAUUAUUAAACAAAUAUAGACCAGAAACUUCUGCUGAAAAGAAAGAAAGAUUAACUAAAGAAGCUGCUGCUAUUGCUGAAGGUAAAACCGCUAAAGAUGUUUCACCAAAACCAGUUGUUGUCAAAUAUGGUUUGAACCAUGUUGUUUCAUUAAUUGAAAACAAAAAGGCUAAAUUAGUUUUAAUUGCUAAUGAUGUUGAUCCAAUUGAAUUAGUUGUCUUUUUACCAGCCUUAUGUAAAAAAAUGGGUGUUCCUUAUGCUAUUGUUAAAGGUAAAGCUAGAUUGGGAACUUUGGUUCACAAGAAAACUUCUGCUGUUGCUGCUUUAACUGAAGUUAAUUCUGCUGAUGAAGCUGAAUUAUCUAAAUUGAUUUCUACUAUCAAUGCUAAUUACAUUGAAAAAUACGAAGAAAACAGAAAACAUUGGGGUGGUGGUAUCAUGGGUUCUAAAGCUAAUGAUAAAAUCGCUAAAAAGGCUAAAGCUGCUGCUGCUGCUGUUUCUACUUCUAACUAA